CAUUCACGACCCCCGUCCCUUACGCUGGACCGAGGGUCACGUUCCCACCAAGCAUGACUCAGUUUAUGAAUGACCCAGCCAACCUACAAGCCAUCCAGGGCUUUGGCCAAGUCAUGGCCAUGUGCCAACAGAAUGGGGGGAUGCCUUUCCUCCCUGCUAUGUUCCCAUUCGCCCUUCGAGGCGCGGGAACCAUGCCCCUACAAGCUCCAAUGGCGGUGACGUCGUUCCAGACGCCGAUGCCGCAGCCAUCACCUUUUCAGCCCCAGCUGGUCAGCACCAUGGCCCCUGUCAACUUGACCGGCGCACUUAACGCUGCAGGGCCGUCGCGUCCCCCGCAGGGUACGAAUCCACAGGUCACCCUUGAUGGUCAUUGCGUCUCAAUUGAGAGCGAUGACCGCGAGUGGGACGUUCCAAGGGCCCACAAGAAGAAGAAAGGAAAAAACAUCCGGCUAGCGACCUCCCGAAACUCCGCCUUCGAAAGGCUGGGGAAUAGGGAGGAAGGUCAGAGGAAGUCAGCCAAGCAAAGGCUGGGGCAGAGCGUUGCCCAUGUCAGCGCAUUCGCCCGGCUAGGCGAGGUGCGGGAGGCCGAGCCUGCCCGCACCCGGCGCUCUCGGUCUAACCGGCAGGAGCCAGCGAGGACGAGGGCCUCCCACCAGGAAGAGGAGGCAGAAAGCCAGCCCAGGUUACCGGUGGCGAACCGAUUAACCAUCCCGAACGACCGCGUCCAGCAGAUGGAGGCAAAGCUUGAAAGGCUGGAAAAGAAGGUCGGAGAGAAGAAUGACCGGGACAAACCCCUGGCAAGGUCCCCGUUCACCGCAAGGGUCCAUCUGACACCUUUCCCGCGAAAGGUCAAGAUCGACGCCCCCAGAUUCACCGGGAAGGAAGAUCCGGAAAUCCAUCUGGACUCCUUCAAGCAGAGUGCGACCAUGAACGGUUGCACCGAUGAAGAAAAGUGCCUUCUUUUUUUCCAGACCUUGCGGAACCGAGCCACUGAAUGGUUCAAUAAGCUCCGCCCGGGAAGCAUUGACUCGUUCAGUGAUUUGGCCUCAAAAUUCAAGGCCAAGUUCCAGGAGAACUGUACUAAGAGGAAGAAGUUCACCUAUCUUAGUACAGCCGGGCAUAGGGAGUCUGAGAACCUCACUCAGUUCAUUACCCGGUGGAAGGAAGAGGUAGACAAGGUGGAAGAGAUGGAUGACAAGACCGUCCUAUCCCUCCUCUUGAAUGGCUUGCGUGCUGGGGAACUAUACAAGGAGUUCUGCCGGAAACCCCCAUCCAUGUACCAAGAGGCCUACCAUACUGCAUGGGAGUUUGCUGAAGCUGAAACCCAGCUCCGGGCAAAGAGAGAAGCUGAGCAUGGUCACAAGCCCAAGCCGGUGCAAGUCAAGAAGGAAGAAGCACUGGGACCUAGCCGACCGAGGCACCACUAUGACCCGGUCAUCCGAGUGGUCAAUACGGAAGAAUGCCAAGAAGUCCGGAAAGCACCGGUCAUUCGUCCAGAAACCCCUACCGGUCAAGUAGGGCGGCAAUGGUCGGGCACCUAUUGUUCAUACCACAGGUCAGAUUCCCAUAACACCUCCGAAUGCAAAAGUGUUAAGGGAGUAAUCCGGCAGAUGAUCGACAGUGGAGAGCUGGGCAAAGAUUACUUGCAGAAAGCCCAGGAGAAGAGUCAUCAGUGGGUUAGGCCAACUGCCCCAGGGAAUGACUGGGACAACGACCGACGGAGGAAUAACCGGCCAAGGGAGCGGCAACCUGCUCCCGAAAAAGAACACAUCGGCAUGAUCUUCGGUGGACCCGGCAUGAUCUUCGGCGGACACUGGGUCCGGAGCAUUUACGUUGGAGAGGUAAGUGCUGAACCGCCCAGGCGUAAACAUACUAGGAGGGAGCCGAUCGUCUUUACUGACCGGGAUCUCCCUCCUACCGGUGAAGAUCACAAUGAUCCAUUGGUCAUCACCAUGGACAUUAAUGGGGUGGAUGUCGCCCGGGUACUUGUUGACACUGGCAACAGUGUCAACAUCUUAUACCUGCAGACCUUCCAAAAACUCAGGUUGUGUCGAACACAACUUGAACCCCUCAAAACCCCUCUCUCAGGCUUUACGUGGGACACCGUUGAAGCUGAAGGAUCCAUAGUUCUACCGGUCGAACUAGGAUCAGGGGAAAAGACCGUGUGGAAAAAGAUGCGGUUCAUAGUUGUGGACAUCAAAUGCGUCCACAACGCAAUUCUUGAAAGGCCAGGCAUUAAUAGAGUCGGGGCGGUGAUUUCCAUGCCUCAUCUAUGCAUGAAAUUUCACACUCCAGAUUUACCGGUCAACAAGCCCACUGAGCAAUGGUGGGAGAUGGCUGUUGACGGGACAUCCGGUCCUAGAGGAUACGGGGGUGGUAUCGUGUUCACCACCCCAGAAGGGUUCAAGAUCUACCAUGCAAUUGUCUUCAACUUCAAGCUGACGAACAAUGAGGCAGAAUAUGAAGCUCUGGCUGGAGGGCUCAGACUUGCCCAAGCCCUAAAAAUCAGCCGGGUCAGUAUCAAAUCUGACUCUAGCCUGAUAGUUGGACAGGUGACCGGUAACAUGGAAGCAAGGGAAGGGCGCAUGGCACAGUACAAGGACCUUGUACUUGCCCUGUUGAAAGGCUUCAAAGAGUUCAAGAUCACCCAAAUUCCCCGGGCGGAAAACGCGGAUGCAUACCUUCUCUCCAAGUUGACGCAGUAUGCUCCCAAGCAUGUUUUAAAACUUGCCCGGGUAGAGAUCCUUGACCGCGCAAGCAUCGAAAAAUUGGAAGUUGCCGCCAUAACGGCCGGAAGCCAGUUUGACCGGUCAAACUUGGUCGGGGCGGACGACCAUUGGAUGUGUGAUCUGAUGGAAUAUCUGAUGGAUGGGAGCUUGCCAGAACAAGAUGACCGGGCAAGAAAAGUGAAGCUUAAGGCACCCCGAUUCCAGGUUCUUGAUGGAAAGCUGUAUAAAAGGGCAUUUGGGGGGCCACUCCUGAGAUGUCUAACCAACCGGGAGGCUGAGCGAGUCAUCGCGGAGGUCCACGAAGGCGUAUGCGCGGCGCAUCAAAUGUCCCGUAUGCUUUCCCAACGCAUCAUCUUGUUGGGGUAUUACUGGCCAACAAUUGUACAGGAUUGUGAGAGGUACGUCCAGAAAUGCAGGACGUGCCAAGUGUUCUACAAGUAUCCCGGUAGACCGGCGACCUACUACCACCCCGUAUCGAAUGUCAUCCCAUUUGCUAGAUUCAGGGUUGAUAUCAUUGGAGCCUUUCCAAUCGCCCAAGGAGGGAAGAAGUUCGUAAUCGUAGCCAUCGAUUACUUUACCAAGUGGAUCGAGGCCGAAGCAUUGGCCAACAUCACCACGCAACAAUGUAAGAAAUUCAUCUGGAGGAACAUCAUCACGAGGUUUGGAGCGCCCAUGAACCUCAUCACCGACAACGGCCCGCAAUUCCGAAAUCCGAAAUUCACCGAAUACUUGGAGGGCUUUGGGAUCAAGCACAAUCGCUCUUCGGUGGCGUACCCUCAAGGAAAUGGCCAAGUCGAAAACGCCAAUAGAACAAUUGUAGAUGGUUUGAAGAAACGGCUGGGAGAGGCAGGAAACAAGUGGCUGGAAGAGCUCCCACACAUUGUAUGGGCAUUCCGAGUAACACCCAGGAGGGCUCACGGGGAAACUCCAUUCUCCCUGACCUAUGGGUGUGAAGCAAGGCUGCCCAUCGAAGCUGAAUUCCCAACGUUUCGGGAAUCAAAUUAUCAACCCCAACAAAAUGAAGAAGAUCACUUGGCCAAACUCAACUUGGUCGAAGAGCGGAGGAUGGCCGCGGAAGUUAAAAUGGGCACAUAUCAACAAGUCGUGAAGAAGUACCACGACAACAAGGUUGGACCGCGAUACUUUCAAGUCGGCGAUGAAGUCCUGCGAAGGAGGGAGGCUAGUAGACCGGGAGACGGAGGAAAGCUGGCCAAAAACUGGGAAGGGCCUUACCGGGUGAGAGCUAUCAUUCGCCCGGGGACCUACCGGUUAGAAAUUCUUGAAGGUGUACCGGUAGAAAGAACCUGGAAUUCCCAUCAUCUUCGCAAGUUCUACAAAUGAUUGUAAUACUAGGCAAGGCCUACUUUAUUAUCAAUCAAACCAAUGACGUUCAAUAUUCUACUUGGUAGCGGCGAAAUUGAUAGGUCAAACCUAUCCUAGGAGUGCUUCCUGGGUGGAUCGAAUCCACUUGGAUAAGCCAACUGAGGCACAGG